UACGGAUGUGCAGAGAUGCAGCCGCUGCCAGUCCACAGGUGGUGUGUUUGAACCUGGGGCAGCUGGGAUCCUGGCUGUUGAGAGUCAACCUUUGGUCCAAUUCCAAAAGCUGCCUUCCAAGACCAAGAAUCCUAGAAUGACCCGAUUUUUAUACAAGACUACAAGCACUAACACUACUUCGCAUCCUUUUGCGGACACCAGUGGGAAGAAGAACUCAGUUAACUUCCCAUCCAUCAGCAACAGAAACCUGUUGAGACUACCCCUUCGGUAUCAGGAAAAUCAAACUAAAGAUCAGGUGCUGGCCUCUGAGAAGAAGACUUCAGAAAUUCCUUUGCACCCUAGCAUUAAAACCCAGGGUUUCAAGCCUGAGGAGAAGUCUCCAAAGAAGCACAAGUCUCCAAGGAAGCCUUUGACAGCAUCGGAGGCCCUGACAUAUUAUAAGAAUCAGCUGUCUCUCUAUGAGCAAAGGGAAAUCUUGGGCUACACAGAGCUGUGGUUUCUGGGGCUUGAAGCUAAGAAGCUGAACGUGGAUGCUGAGAAAUUCAGCAAGACAAGUUUUGAUGAUGACCAUGGCUGCUACCUGAAGGUCCUGCAUGACCACAUUGCCUACCGCUAUGAAGUUCUGGAGAUGAUCGGAAAAGGGUCCUUUGGACAGGUGGCCAAGUGCUUGGAUCACAAGAACAAUGAGUUGGUGGCCCUGAAAAUCAUCAGGAACAAAAAAAGAUUUCACCACCAGGCCCUGAUGGAGCUGAAGAUCCUAGAAGCUCUGAGAAAGAAGGACAAGGACAACACCUACAACGUGGUACACAUGAAGGACUUUUUCUACUUCCGCAAUCACCUCUGCAUCACCUUCGAACUCUUGGGAAUCAACUUGUAUGAGUUGAUGAAGAAUAACAGCUUCCAAGGCUUCAGUCUGUCGCUGGUUCGCCGCUUCACCCUCUGUGUUUUGAAGUGCUUGCAAAUGCUUUAUGUAGAGAAAAUCAUUCACUGUGACCUCAAGCCUGAAAAUAUAGUACUAUACCAAAAGGGCCAAGUCUCUGUUAAAGUUAUUGACUUUGGAUCAAGCUGUUAUGAACACCAGAAAGUGUACACCUACAUCCAGAGCCGGUUCUACCGAUCCCCGGAGGUGAUCCUGGGCCACCCCUACAACAUGGCCAUUGACAUGUGGAGUCUGGGCUGCAUCAUGGCCGAGCUGUACACCGGCUGCCCUCUCUUCCCUGGGGAGAACGAGGUGGAGCAGCUGGCAUGCAUCAUGGAGGUGCUGGGCCUGCCACCAGCCCGCUUUAUCCAGACGGCGUCCAGGAGACAGAUAUUCUUUGAUUCCAAAGGUUUCCCUAAAAAUAUAACCAACAAGCGGGGGAAGAAAAGAUACCCGGAUUCCAAGGAUCUUACGAUGGUGCUGAAAACCUGUGACUCCAACUUCCUGGACUUCCUCAGAAGGUGUUUGGUAUGGGAACCUUCUCUUCGCAUGACCCCUGAUCAGGCCCUCAAGCAUGCCUGGAUUCAUGAUGUACGGAGUCUCAAACCAUGGCCUAGGCCCCAGACCUUGAGGAAAUCUAGUUUCUGUUUUCCUUCUGAGCCAGGCAAAAACAAGGUUCAAGAACAUCAUCAUCCUACCAAAAGUAAAAAAGGUGAGACCAGCAAAGAUACUACAGUAAACAGGAUGGAGGGGGCCACCAUGCACACGCUGGAUCCCAGGGCCCAGCAGGCGUCUCUCCCAUGCAUCACUGACGCCAUCCAGCUGCCUCCCAUAGCAGACACUCACAAGAAGCCAGAGGUCACUGUGGGGCAAGAGGCACCUGUGACCUCCAGAGAACAAAGCAAAAGCUCUUCUCCCCAAAACACAAACACUCUGCCACCUAUCAUGUGA